UUUUAUUAUUAAGCACAUGAAACUGUUUUCUCUUAAUGAAAGUGGAUUAUCAAUUAAUUUAUCUAAUAUAGAACUAAGACUCGUAAACAGCAAACUGUUGUCAUAAUAUGUAGUGAUGUAUUAUGUUAUUAUUUUUCAUCAAAAUUCAAAAUUACAAAUUGAAUUCAAUUAUAAAUCGUUUAAGAGAAACUCUCUAGGCAUCUUUUGAAUUUCAAGUUCCAAUUAACUAGAAGAAUUGAUAACCAGAAAAACAUGUGCAAUUUAUUCAAUUCAUACUUAUAUUUUAUCAGUUUAAUUCACUUACCAUAUUAUUUAACACAAACUGAUUGGGAUAUUCGAGCCAAUGUUAUUUUUCCUUCACUGUCUUCAUCAUCUUCGACAACUCCAAUAACUGUAGUUUCACAAAAAUCUACAAAAUAUAAUGUAGGUAAUGAAAUGAAAAAUGCAGUAACUGAAAGUAGUAGAACAAGCAUACUACAACCUGUUGAUGAAGUUAUUGAAAAACAAGAAAUUAGAAUAGAUUGUUUGGAAGCAUUGCACAAUUGUGAAUCCAUUAGUGGAAUAUGUAAAGUGGAUGUAGAUAUUUUCAAAACAUUUUGUGGAGAUUGGACUGAUGAGCGCAGUUUAAUGGGAUGUCAGCGUAAAUAUUUACGAGAAUGUCAAUCAGCUCUUAGAACUAUGAAUCUCGGACGUCCAGGAUUAAAGCAUUGUAUAUGUGAUAGUCGGUCUAGCCGUUCGAUUGAUGACUUAACCAAAUGUAAUCUACUUAGAAAAAAUUUAAACAAUCAUCCAUGUUUGGCUGAACCACCAAUAUUUCUUCGUGAAUUACAUACAUCUGGAAAUUUUCGCCAUGAGUCUAGAAAGGAAAUAAAACCAGAAAGUAAACCUACUCAAUCAACAAGUAAUAUGAAUACAAAUGUGAAACGUCUCAAUACAACAUCACUAUUGGUCGAACCCUUUGUAUCGUCUAUACCAAUGACUACAGAAUCUCCUAUCACUAUGAAUACGCUGUCUAGUGUAGAAUCAUCUAACAGUGAAUUAGUUGAUCAGCAUUUGAACAAAAAUAAACAAAAUACAAGUUGUUUGGAUUUACUUGAAAAUUGCACUAAAUUGCCGGCAUGUGCCAUCGCACUUAAUAAAUUCCGUGCAUUAUGUACUGUUAGAACUUGUAAUAAGUUGAAAUCACAAUGUUUAGAAGCAUCAAAGAAAUUUCUUCAACUUAAAACACAUAUGAAUUGUGACUGUAAAAGUGAAUUAAACGAAGGCAGGUAUCGUAGAUGUUUAGAUUAUAAAGAGGCUGUAAUUGAUAAUAAAUGUGUUGAAAUUUCAUCAAACCAAGAAAUAAACCUGGUUAAUGGAAACGAAUUGGAAUAUUCUUUCGUAAAUAUGAAUAUGGAAAAAAAUUUAGCAACUAUUCCAGUUUCACCAGACUAUCAUACAGCUGUUCAAAAUAAUUCAACAAGUUUAGAAAAUGAAACAUUAUCAGUAUUACACCAUUCACAAUUUAUCAGUUCUAAUAUUAGUGGUCAAAGAUCAAACGAAUUAACUGAUAUAGAAACAAUUGUUUUUGAAACAUGGAAUAAUAAAAUAGAAUGUUAUUCAAUAUUUUAUGAAUGUCUUCGUGAACCUGUUUGUCUUCAGCAUUUUGUAAAUCUUCGUUAUGGAUGCGCACAGAUGAAUAGGCAGUUUAUUGCCUGUAGAAAUCCAAAUCAGUGUAUAAACUCACUAGAACUUUUUUACAAGGAAACAAAUUCUCUGGUAAAUAAAGCCAUAUCAUGCACUUGUGCAGUAAAUGAUUUGGAUUGUCAGCAGAUUCAAAAUGUAUUUGUACCCAGAUGUAUUCGUCAGUCAUAUGGAUUGAGGAUGGAUUGCUAUCAAGCAUGGGUUAAGUGUCAGAAUGAUCCAGUUUGUAGGACAAGUUAUGAUCUACUAGUUUCAGAAUGUCAUACUUCAAAUGGACUUUGUUACUUAAAUCCAUCUGCCUGUUUAAACUCUUACCGAAGAUUAUGGAGUGGUCCAUGGGCUGGUGGUUGCAGUUGUGAAGUAACACGACCAAAGUUAAAUCCAUCAAAUAAUGUACUAACAGGAUGCAGUGAAUUCGGUAGAAUUUUAACACAACCUCCUUGCGUUGAAAUCACUCCCGAAACACAUCAAUUAGAAAGCCCAACUUUAACUCACAAUCCAUUAUAUUGUAAAAUGAUGAAAAAACUACAAAUGCCUUCUGAAGAUUUUGUCAGAAUUCCAUCUUUGCGUGAUUAUCAAGAAGAAGGGCAGCUUGCACGAAAUUGUUCUUUACUAUGCAAUUGUCACGUUGGUUGUCGAUAUGAAAUGUGUUAUGAAACAGAGAUGAAAACUUGGCAUGCUUAUUCUUUAUCUAAUCGUACUAGUCAAAAUGUUACUUUACCAACACGAAUACAGACAAUCAAUAUUUAUCAAGCAAAUUUAUCAUUAGGUUGUCUUUAUCUACCAAAAUUUAAUCGUCACUGUGUAUGUUAUGCAUAUGAUCAUGUUGUCUGUGAUGUAUUCAUUCCGAAAAACCAAUAUUUUUUAACAGGUCAUAAACUAUUGAUUGAUUUCGAUGUGGAAAUGUAUUCUACAACGAUUGAUUUGCUGGCUGAUGAUAAAUCACUUUCAGAAUAUGAAUUUUAUGGAAGUAUUAUUCAACUUGAAUUUCUGCUGACCAAUUUCUUAGCACAUUUAUUUGGACAGAAAAGCUGUCGGUUGAUAUUAUCUGCAUAUCAAACAAUCGAUGAUAAACAUUUCUGGUUAAAACAACAUUCAACCAACAAUAAUUCGAAUAAGUUAUUAAAACGAUUAGAAUAUCUACUGGCGAUCAAUUUAGAUACAUCUUUUCCGACAGAAAAUAAAACUUCUGUAUGUUUAAAACAAAAUGUAUUGUUAAAAUAAUUAUGCUUGUUAAUUUUACAAGUUGAUAUUGUAGAAUUUUUCUAUUUUACUGAGUUGUAGUUUGUAGAUUCAUGUAACGGGAAAACUGACAGUUCACUGGGAUCGUUUGCGAUUACACAAUGUUCAAGUUGUUUGAUAUCUUAUGCAGUCAUGCGUUAACAAUUUCUUUCAUGUUAAGAAAGUAAAUUAUUUCAUCUGACUUUAUUGAUAUUUAUUGUAAUUAGUAGUUUGAGGACUGAAACUACUGGAAGUAUGCAAACGUUCAUAGUCCUGCCGUUAAUUGAUAACAAAACAUGUCAUAUUUAUCAACGUACAUUAUAAUAAUUUACACAAAUAUUAAAAUUUGUGCCGAAGAUGUCACUUAUUAGUAGUACUGUAGUGAACAAUACACGGGUGGGGACAAUCGAAUGUAAAUAACACAGCAUUACAGAGCAUGUCAAUAAAAUCUGAGAACCAUAUAUCGAAUCGUUAAUUUGCAAAAUGUCUACCAGUUGUUUCAAAAUGCCACAGACUUCAUUGUCCUUGCAUUUUUAUACAAAUUGCAUUCUAUUCCCACUCUUGCUUUCUUAAACUUCCCCCAUCUUCUGCUGCCAGACAUUACAUUUCUGACUCGCGUCAUAUACUACUUAUAUCAAUAUAAGUAGCACGCACCACAGUAUGUUUAUAUAUAAAUACAUAUAAAUACAUAUAAUUGUUUAAUGACAAGAAAGUUUGACUAAAAUGAAUUAACUAGGAAAAUAUUCAAUUAUGACUGAACAAGGAAACUUUAUCUACCUUUUCUCAGCAUUGAUUGAUAAAUUUACAAAGGAAAAUAUAAUGAUGGCAUAUAUUCAAACAAGUAAACUCAAUAAAUAAAAUCAGUAUCUAUGGACAAAUUGUUGGGCAAUAUAAACAAAUUUAACUCACAGAUCCACAUCAGAAAACUGAUAUCUUUAAUUUGUAGCCGAAUUUUAUUGUUCAUAGGAUUUAUUACUCAGGAAAGUGUUAAAAAUGAUGCUUUAAUGGCUUAAGAAGAAAACGAUACAAGUUUUUCUUUAAAUAAGUGCAUGUACAAUAUGCUUUAAAAUCCAAGAAACUAACAUAUUCAAAUGGUCAUAUUUCAAUUACAAGAUUGAUGAUCUGUGUAACAUGAAGUCUUUGACACUUUACUAGUCAUAUUCAUACUCUCAGAUUUUGUAGUAAAUGUUUUUUGUCAUUCAAUAAUCAUAACUAUACGAGAUGUUUUCAUUCAUUUACAUUUUAGUUAUGCAUUAAUCUACUAGAAGUUCUAACUAUAAUGAUCAAUGAUCAAUAUCCACAAAUAAGAUAUCAUGCUAAGUUUUCAACAUUUCAAAAAAGCAUUUUUAAAGCACCAGGAUUUAAUGAACAUUAUGAUUUAGAUAGAACUCUUGAUAAAACAUAUCGUUUACAACAAUUACAACGUCAACAACAACAACAACAACAGCAACAAGAAACUCAAGCUUGGAGGCAUAUAAGAACAUCAGUACAAAUGCAAAGUAAUAAUAAACUAGAAAAAAAUAAUUCUCAUAAAACGUACAUUUUGAGUUACUCCAUAUGUAGUAUUUUAUUAAUUUUUACUAUGUCUACCAACUUUUUUUAAAAAGUAAAUUCAAUGAAUGUUAAAGUAUGAACUAUGUAGUUUCAUUCAACAAUUCCAUUUAGAUUAGGUAAAGAAAAACAAAUUAAAAGUUCACAGAGCAUAAUUAAUAAAAUAAGAUUUACAAAUCACCGUAUCUAUUCUUUUGUGAUGUGUAUAUGUGUGUACAUUUUAUAGUUCUUCUUCAUGUUAGCUAUCAUUUUUAAUGUAUACUAUUGUUAAUAGGUGUGCUUUUAUGUCUUGUCUUAGCAGUAAGCUUACAGAUCUUAUUUUUUAAUGAAUAUUAAGAAGUAAAAACAUGUAUUUUAAUGCUACAUUAUGAUGAUUUAUCAUUCCAUUGAUUAAAUUGUUCUGUUCACGCAUUUUGAAUACCAGUCCUAUGCUUUGGUGAUCUAAUGUUUUAGAAAAAAAAAACUCUUUCAUAUUGAUAUGUUAGAUUGAAAAACAAAAAUAAAUUUUUAUAACAAACUAUGCUUUAAUAUACAUAUCUUAAUUGCAAUUUAUAUUUCCUGUACAAAAACGACAUGAAUUUUUGUUUGUAUUCAAGUUUCUUCAUUGUGUCCUCGAUUUGCCUAUGAUGUUUUUACACUGCAUUUGUAAAACUAUUUCAUAUAUACGUUCAAAAGAAAGAUAAUGUAAUUAUACAAAGAAAUGACAUAAUACUAUAUGAUACAAAUAAAUAAUUCAUUAAAACACUUUGCUACUGUUUAAUAACUUUUUUGAUGAUGUAUAGACAAUAUUUUACUGGCAAGAAUUGUUGUUUUGUUCUCCUGUUCUCUAUUGUUUCCUUGCUUUGAUUUUUUGUGAAAUAAAUGAUUAGAUUUUAUUCACCAACCCUCCCCCCUUUUAAAGUUAAUAUUUCACAAAAGUGCAAUCGUUUUGGCUUAAAAGAAUGUAAAAGUAAAUUUGUUUCAUUACUGAUUUAAGUCCUUUAUCAAUUACUUUCUUUAUCAGUAGAAUGGAGCAAAGUAUAACUUGAAAAAAGUUUUUGACUAAUAUUUCUACCUCAUGUUUUUGUUUUUUGAAAUAGAAAAAAACACUUCAUUUUACCGGUUUAUUUAUGUAUUCGUUUAUGUAAAUUGUAUGUGUUUGUUAUUGUUCUGUGAUAUGUCCUAAAGCACCAUACCAAAAAUAUAUCUAAGAUUAUGUGUGGUUAUUCUAAUUUUGCAUUUCACCCUAAUCUUAACAGGUAAAAAGUACAUCGCCUUAAGAUUAAUUGAAUUGGUGCUUCAUUGAAAUACAUAAUUCUAAUGUUUUACCCUGGUAUUCAUCAUCUAC